UGCACUUAUUGCUUAUGGAAGUUCACUCGCAGAGACUCCCUGCGUAAGCACUGGAAAACUUGUCUCUUGAGAAAGGCUGCUGGUCAUUCUGUUCCUAAUCCGGCGACACGAGGAAGGAAACGGAGAGCCUGUGAUCAAUGUGCAAGCAGUAAGCGAGCAUGCGACUUUAAUUCACCUUGUGGGACUUGCUCAGUGAGAGGCUCCUCGUGCUCUUACUGUCGCAUGAGCUCGUUUCAAGCGCAUAAACCAAAUUCGUACAGUUUCCAGUCAACGGACGAUGCUUCUCCUUUGGAAAUGCUCCAUCGUUUGACUGGAACUGAUGGUGAACUUAUGAUAGCUGCCAAACCAACCUUGUCAAUGUCGCUGGCAUUGUCACCAUUCACCCUGGGAGCUCUCACAACCAAUUCAGCCCCUCUCAACUACUCUUGCUUCGUUUCAGACCAAGGAAGUAGAGGGUUAUAUUUUCAAGCUUUUGAAACUGAACGCUUCGAGUUUCUUCUCAACUUCACUUUAUGCGGUGGCCUCGACAUUUCGUUUAACUUUCUUACUUCGUCAGAGAAAGUACCUGGCAACGCUUAUUUCGAUAACUUCUUGACUAUCGAUGACUUACUAAGCAUCGACUACGAAGCCGGUAGCAAGUGGGUUAAAGCUUCUGACGAGAGGAGUCGUGCCACGAAUACUAUGGAGUGGUUGUUUGAUCCUCUUCUAUCCCAAACAAAGGCAAUAUGCGAAAAGUUGCUCAAUUUACCUGGUAUCGACGAGCUUGUACCGGGUAACCGCUUACAAUCAUUGGACGAACAGUGCCUUGAGUUCUUCAACCCUCUGAAUCUCCGCAGGCUGUUAAAUACAUACUGGAAAAGGUGGCAUCGAAACUGCCCGGUUAUUCACCCGCCCAGUUUCGACCCCUCUCAAGCUCCAGCAGAGUUGGUCCUGGUCCUAGUACUCAUAGGGGCUUGCGUUUCCAAGUACCCCAAUGAUGCUCAAAAUGCUCGAAAAUGGUUGGAACCUGUUGAAAGGCUAGUAUUUGCACUGCCGUGGCUGUCUCGAGAAACUCAGGGUAGUCAGGCAGAUCCCACCUUGACGCGAUAUACCAAGUUGAGAAUAUUACAAACAGCCAUAUUGAUGUGUGCUUUGCAAACAUGGGAGGGAUCGGAAAAGUCGAAAGAAAGAAUCAGAAAACUUCGAUAUCCCUAUGUCGCCCAAGCCUCUCAAGAGCUAGCAUACCAUCAGCCUGGUGAACAGAUAGGUUCAGAUUUGGCUGCAACACUACGACACUGGGAUGAAUUUAUAUUCGAAGAACAGAUACUUCGCACCAAGACCUACAUCUUUCUGCUUGACACAGCCUUUACCAUCUUCCAUAUGACACCCCCUCGUAUCACAGUUCCCGAUUUGGAUUUUCCAUUUUCAUAUCCGGACAUCUGCUUUCACGCUCAUUCAGGCCAUGAAUUCUUCCAGGCGGUGCAGCAGAUAUGUCCAAAUUAUUGUAUAUACAGAGAGACAAACAUACACGAAGUGAUUCAAAUGCUCUGCGACACAACAAAUACAGCUGCAUUCGAGUCUUUUUCAGAAAUCUCAGAUCUUGGGGGAUUUAUACUGAUUUCAGCGAUACAUUCCAUCAUAUUUUGCCAACAGAUCUCUUGCUUCUCUUCACAGAAUACUAUUACGCCACUUUUCAAUUCUUUAGAUAAAUGGCUAUCAUUGUGGAAUAAGCGUAUAAGCCCCACACAGAUAGGUGCUGAAGCCCGUGUUGUAAUAAAUCGCGAUGAAUCUACGCCUUGUCCAAGUUUCUUACGCCAUUCGCGCGAGUUCUACACGCUGGCGCUUGCAAAGUUAGAAAUGAUUGACAAGUUAUAUAUCGCUGGGCAAACAUCUCAAAUAGCUGAUACAGGUAAAGGAGGUGUCAAACAGCUAAUCUCGGAUAUUAAACAAGUAUGGCCAUCUCGUGUGGGAACGACUAUUGCUAGAGCUGUUUAACCGACAGUAAAAGACGAUAUAU